GUGGGGGGGAGGAUCAAAUAAUUAAAAAAAUGUGUUAAGAUUACGAGAUCAAUCGAUCGAUGUGGCCACCGCCGUGAUCGGCAUCGUGCUUCGCGUCCUAGCAGGCGACCUCCGACGCUCUCCACCAAAAAUUACCAUGUACGCCACUCCCCGCUCAAUCCAAUAACUUCCUCUUUUAGUUGAUGACAAUGGCGAACCUACCCUCAUCAAUUACUGCGAAAACCUACAUUCAAGCCAGUACAUUUAUCCCUUGGGGUUCUGUUCCAUUCUGUAAGCAAACAGUUCCUUUAAAAAUCUGCAAGAGUGGUAGAUUGAAUUAUGCCCAUAAACCUCAAAAUGCGAAAGUUUUCUUGAAACCCCAUAAUUCUAUUGAGCAAAUUCAUCCGGGUUCGGAUCUAAAUUACAAUGCUGAGACAGGGCAGAGGGCAACCUCUUACUUGUUCAGGACUGAAAUUGGUGGGCUAGUGAAGGUAUUGGUAGGAUUCAACAACAUGAAGUAUGCUGUUCGCAUCGAUGUGUCAUCACUGCCCACUCGUACCAAUGAUUUGAUACUAAGCUGGGGCGUGCACCGUUCCGAUUCAAAUCAAUUGGAUGCUCCGGGUUGUACCAAGACGCCACUUGUUCAAAACUUGAAAGGGAGAUUCAGCGUUACGCUGGAGUUUAGUUCUACUCAAAUCCCGUUUUAUCUUUCGUUUCUGUUGCACUCUAGUUCUGAUCAUCCAAGGUGUGAAUCAGGGAUUAGAACGCAUAGAAUGACAAAUUUCUGUUUGCCGGUGGGUAUGAGCGCAGGACAUCCUAUGCCGUUGGGUGUUUCGAGAUGUGAAGGUGGGUUGGUGAAUUUUGCUUUGUUUUCGAGGAAUGCAGAAAGUGUGGUUUUGCGCUUGUUUGAUAACAACGUGAAUGAACCAUGUUUGGAGCUUGAGUUGGAUCCGUAUGUUAAUCGCACGGGUGAUAUUUGGCAUCUAUCGAUGGAAAAUGUUGGGAGCUAUACCAGCUAUGGAUACCGGUGCAAGGGAGAAACGGGUUCGGAUAAAGGAAGUAGAUUUCAUGCUCGUCAAGUUCUUCUGGAUCCAUAUGCCAAGUUGAUUGCAAAUGUUUCUCCCGAGAAAGGUGAAUCAAGAUCAUUGGUAAAGUGUCUCGGCUCUCUAGCAGAGGAGCCUAUUUUUGAUUGGAGUGGCGAUGUUCAUCCACAAUUGCCGAUGGAGAAGCUGGUAGUUUAUCGUUUAAAUGUGGGGAACUUUACCAAAGACGAAUCAAGUGAGCUGCCGGAAAAUGUUGCUGGUACUUUUGCUGGGGUGAUUGAGAAACUACCGCAUCUUAAAAGCCUUGGCAUAAAUGCAAUCCUAUUAGAACCCAUAUUUACCUUUGAUGAGAAGGAAGGCCCCUACUUUCCUUAUCAUUUCUUUUCGCCAAUGAACUCAUACGGUUACAAAUCUGAUAGCAUUUCAACCAUAAAUUCUAUGAAGGAUAUGGUUAAAACACUUCAUGCCCAUGGGAUAGAGGUUUUGUUAGAAGUUGUCUUCACUCAUACAGGGGAGGGAGGAGAUUCAUCCAGCCAGACGAAAUCAUUUCGGGGGAUUGAUUACUCGUCCUAUUAUAUAGUUGAGGGGGACAUGACACAAGGAAUAUAUAAUGCAGUGAACUCCAACGAUCCUGUUGUUCAGCAAUUGAUUCUGGAAAGCCUCCACUACUGGUUAACUGAAUUUCACAUUGAUGGUUUUUGUUUCAUCAAUUCGUCAUAUUUGCUUCGAGGCUCAAAUGGUGAGUAUUUAUCUCACCCUCCGCUUGUUGAAGCUAUUUCAUUUGAUCCAUUACUUUCCAAAUCUAAGAUAAUAGCGGAUUGCUGGUCUCCGGUUGAUGGGUCAUAUUUAGAUAUCCAUUUCCCUCAUUGGAAAAGGUGGGCAGAGAUGAACACAAGAUUUUGUAGGGAUGUAAGAAAUUUUUUGAGGGGUGAAGGACUUCUGAGUGAUCUGGCUACUCGACUUUGUGGCAGUGGGGAUCUCUUUUCAGAUUCUAGAGGCCCAGCCUUUUCUUUCAAUUAUGUCACAAAGAACUUUGGGCUUCCCCUUGUCGAUUUAGUCAGCUUUAGCAGGGAUGAACUUGCGUCAGAGUUAAGUUGGAAUUGUGGCAAAGAGGGUCCGACAAACAAUAAUUCUGUUCUUGAGAUACGGCUUAGACAAAUAAGGAAUUUCUUGUUUCUCUUAUUUAUUUCACUUGGUGUUCCAGUGCUCAACAUGGGGGAUGAGUGUGGCUUCUCAACUGGUGGUUUAUCAUCUUAUGGUGAUAGGCAUCCCAUUGAUUGGAACGUUACGAAAUCAGUGUUUGGAAAACAAAUUACACAAUUCAUUACAUUCCUAAGUUCGCUUAGGAACCGAAGAAAUGAUAUUUUUCAAAGGAGGGACUUUCUAAAAGUAGAAAAUAUUGUUUGGCAAGGAAGCAAUCUGUCUCAACCAAAAUGGGAGGAUCCGUCAUGCAAAUUUCUUGCUGUGACAAUAAGGGCAGAUAAGGAUGACAACAUGUCAACUUCUUAUAAGGGAGACUUGUUUAUUUGCUUUAAUGCUGAUGAUUUUCCUGAGAUUGCUAUCUUACCUCCACUUCUAGAAGGAUAUGAAUGGUUCCGUUUAGUUGAUACUUCUCUUCCAUUUCCAGGGUUCUUUUCUGGAGAGUCUGUCUUCACUGAGGCUCUUUUGGGUUAUGAACUGAAGCCUCACAGUUGCGUUUUGUUUGAAGUUAAAAAGAGUGCCAGCUGAGUUGACAUUAAUCUUAUGUCUGCUACUUAAUUUUUGUUUAUGUUGUCAGAAUAAGAUGAAGUAAAUGUUCAUCUGAAGUUGUGCAAAUAAAGUACAUAUAUUUAUUUAUAUUUUGUGCAUAAUUUUGAUUCUUAUUUGACUACAUGUAGUAUGUCUGGGAAUAAGCUUAUAUUUUCAUCAGGUA